CCCGCCCGUUCCGUUGGUCACUGCCGUUAACGGGCUGCUCGCGUGCUCCACGGUUGGCCGCUACAGCACCGAAAAGCUUGCCCGAGUCAGCGCUGGGAAGUUCGGCGGAAAGGACAGGAAGAGAAGUCGGGAUGUCUCAACAACAGAAGGCCGUGGAGCGCGCCAGGAAGGCCUUUAAUACGGGCCGCUCCAAACCGUUGGAGUACCGCAUCACCCAGCUGAAGAACCUCCAGCGCCUGUUUGCAGAGAGGCAUAAGGAAAUCGCAGAUGCUCUCAAGAAGGACCUCAACAAGAGCGAGUUCGGCACACCGCUGUAUGAGACGCUGGGCCUGGAGGGAGAGAUCAACAUGGCUAUCAGCAAGCUAGCAGAGUGGGCAGCUCCACGGCCAGUGACUAAAAACUUGCUGACCGUUUCAGAUCAGGUCUACAUCCACCCCGAGCCUCUGGGAGUGGUGCUGAUUAUCGGGGCUUGGAACUACCCCUGGGCCGUCACCAUCCAGCCUCUGAUCGGAGCCAUCGCUGCAGGGAAUGCUGUCAUUAUUAAGCCAUCAGAAGUGUGUGUUCACACGUCCAAAGCGAUGGAGGAUCUUCUGCCUCUGUACAUCGACAAGGAGAUGUACCCGGUGGUUACCGGUGGAGUUCCAGAGACUCAGGAGCUUCUGAAGCAAAGAUUUGAUCACAUCUUCUACACCGGUAACUGCAUGGUUGGCAAAGUGAUCAUGGAGGCAGCUGCUAAACACUUAACCCCUGUUACUCUGGAGCUGGGUGGAAAGAGCCCAUGUUACAUCGAUAAGAGCUGCGACCUCACCAUCGCCUGUCGACGUAUUGCUUGGGGAAAGUACACAAACUGUGGGCAAACAUGCAUUGCACCAGAUUACAUCCUCUGUGACCCCAGCAUCCAGGACAGAGUAAUAGAAGAGAUCAAGAAGAACGUGAAGGAAUUCUACACAGACAAUCCCAAAUCCUGUCCAGACUACGCACGCGUCAUCAACAAGCGCCAUUUCAAGAGAGUGAUGGCGCUGAUGGAGGACAGCACGGUGGCUAUGGGAGGAGAAAACGACGAGUCCGAAUGCUACAUAGCUCCAACAGUAUUGAGAGACGUGAAGCCGGAGGCAAAGGUCAUGCAGGAAGAGAUCUUUGGACCCAUUCUGCCUAUCCUGACUGUUGGCAGUGUUGACGAGGCCAUCGACUUUAUCAACCAGAGAGAGAAACCUCUGGCCCUCUACGUCUUCAGCUCAGACAACAAGCUCAUCAAGCGUAUGAUCUCUGAGACUUCCAGUGGAGGCGUUUUGGCCAAUGACUGCUUGGUCCACUUCUCUGUCAGCUCUCUGCCUUUUGGUGGUGUCGGCAACAGUGGGAUGGGCUGCUACCACGGCAAGUUUACCUUCGACCAGCUGAGUCACCUGCGAGGCUGCCUCAUCAAACAGCUGAAGAUGGAAGGACUGAACAACAUGCGCUACCCACCACACACCGCAAAGAAACUGGACUGGGCUCGCUUCUUUAUCCUCAAGCAGGUAGAGAUGGGCAAGCUGGCUCGCGUGGCUCUGAUGGCGCUGGUGGUUGUCGCUGCUGCCGUGAUGAUUCAGAGAUACUUUGCUGACUGAGCUGAGAAUUUCAUUGCCGGCUACUCCACUUCCCUUUCCUUAAUCUGUAACACUCAGCCUAGUUGUUUUUUAAAACAAGUCCUGCAUCUAAUGAAGGAUCCAAAUUCGUUAUAACGAUUUCCGAAUGUGACGUUAACAUUAAUGCCACUUUAAUCUGUGAUUAACUUGCCCUGACUGAACUAUAGCUUUUAUUCUCUUUUUAAUCAACUGUUUUAAUGAAGGAAAAGAAAUCAUUUCAGAGGAAAUAUGUAUGUAGCAUCAUCAAUGUACUAAGCACUACAUUUGAAGGGUUUUAUAACAUUUCCAAGCAUUGCAUUGUGUCCUUUUCUUUUCGAGGAAACGUCUAUGAAUUAUCAUAUAGAUCAAGACUGAUUUCUUUUCCCUUUACUUUUUCUUUUAAAUUAUUCCUUAUUCGUUUUUUUCAACAGCACUCUUUGUUCAAGUUGUAGAAUAAUACACACUCUUAAAGGAAUAUUCUAGGUUAUAUGUAGCAUAAUAAUAAUAAAUGGAUUCUUUUGGGUUCUUUUUAGUGAAUCCUUUCAUUCUAUAUCUCCAUUAUUAUUAUUAUUAUUAUUAUUAUUAUUAUUAUAUACACAUUUUGACAAGAUAAUACAGCAAAUUAAAACAGAGUACAAAUUAAUUUAAACAAAAACAGCAUUAUAUUAUGAAAAAAUUGUACACAUUAUUGAUCCCAGUGAGAGUCCUCUCUCUUAAGUCUUUCAUCAUUUCAGUGUUCAUCAUUUCACAAAUUCAAUCAACUAUCUGUUAUCAGUCCUAAACACCUUAUUCCAAAACAUCUACAAUAGAAAUAAAGCUCUCUAAAAGUAAUGGCACCUUCAUGAUUUCAUAAAUUGCAGAAUCCGUUUUAUUAUAAAAAGGCCCCCUCCAAGGGUUCGAAAUAGAACCAUUUUUCUAGGUUCUUUUGGUCAACCCCAGAGUUCUAUAUAGAACCUUGACACCUCUUUCUUAGGAAUGAGUUCUACAAAGAACCAUUUUUCAGGAAACAGUGCUAGAGUGGUUCUGUAUAGAAUCCUGAGAAACCUUUUUUAUUAUUUAACAGAGUAUAGUACUUUGUUUCAUAAACUCAAACUGAUGACCACUGCAAUCCGAGGGCUUGAAAGCGGUUCAUGUGGCUUUGCGUAUUUGCUUCGUAAAUAUGUGAAGCUAUACUGAAACGGUGCUUUAUAACAGUUUUAAUGCAACUAGACCAGCAGCGUACAAGUACAUACAUUAUACACGUAUACAAGAUUUUACACUGUAGGAAAAAUUUAAAAUAAAAUAAAUAUUUUAUUUAUAUAUGGCAAAAUUUUAUGCACACGCAGUUAGAAGAGACAAAAAUAUAACUUCCAAGAUCAGACAGGUGUUUGGGGUGAGAGCGUGAGUUCAAAUGCUGACGAUGACAUUUAUAGCCGUUUAUAGCUGGGAGGCAAAAAUUUAUUCCGUCAAUCAUAGCACCACCAGCCAAUCACAGGUGUUUUUGAGCCUCGGCUGGUGGGUGGGACUUGGCAUGUGACCAAAAUGGCGGAAAAUUACAGUCUCAAACAGUUAACCAGCAUAACAUUAAGCAAGCGUCCCUCUCUUUUCAUUUUCAUAUGAAGCCUAGCAUAGUGAGCAAAGAAUGCUUUAUAAAUUAUUUAUACAUUGCUUCUAAAUGUAUAAUUAAGCCCCAAUGUUGGUGCCUUUCAAAUAAAGAGGGUAAAACUUUACCUUUUUAACGGAAGCAGCGUUGUUCUGUUCUGAAUUCAGAAGAAUAACAUGUUUUUGGGUCCAUUAUCACUGAUUUCUUGAACAUAACUAAAAUGUUCUGCUGCAGAAAUGUACCUCAGAGCCAGAGCGUGUAGUUCCACAUCUGCACGUAUCGAUUAAAUGUAUACUCUCUUCUAACCAAGUCAGAGUUAAUCGACUCAUGAUCAACUAAUUGAUCUGUUGAAGAAGAGUUACUUUCUUCUUCAAGAACUGUAACUGACUGACAAUGAAAAGGUUUGGAUUAACUCCAUUAUUGUUACGAUUUCAAUCGGUGUCCAGUCAGACGUCAUAACUGAUUGGAAAGGCAUUACUUUCGUUUAUUUUGAAGUAUAGGAACACCUUAUAUCUCCUUGAUCUGUCAUUUCAGAUUUUUAAUACCUCUGUUUUAUUAACAAUACUGAUUUUAUGAGUCAUUUUCUUACCUGUAAAAUAAACAAAUUUUUACAGAGAUGAAA